AUUUAGAGUUUAACACUCUCACUUUCUCUCUCUCUCUCUCUCUGAGCUCCAAUCCCAACUCCAACGCCAACUUCAGCUGCAACUUCUUCAGCUUGAAGUUCGUCUUUCUUCUUCUUCUUCUUCUUCUUCUAAUAAUAAUAAUAAUAAACAGAGAUGAGAUUGCACAGAUUCUUCUACUGUACUUAAAUUUCAUCUCUUCUCUUUCUCUUCUACCCGCCAAUACUCUCUUCACUGCUCAAAGCCGACACAACAAGUUUCUGUUUUUCACCAACCAUCUCUUCUCUUCUCAUCUCAUCUCAUUCAAACUGCAAUUUGGGGGGUUUUCAAGCCACACUCACUCUGCCCAUGGACUACGAGCCAUACGAUAGCAGUGGAACUGAUGAUGAUCUGCCCCCAUCACACCAGAACAGAGUACCUAGAGGGGGACGCAUUACUGGAAACGGAAGACCUGCCAUAGCUUCUGUGCCAUACCCUAGGAUGUAUGGUGAAACUGAUAUGGAGGCUCAAAUUCACCAGCUUGAGCAAGAAGCAUACACUUCGGUCCUUAGAGCCUUUAAAGCUCAAGCUGAUGCCAUCACUUGGGAGAAGGAGAGUUUGAUAACAGAACUUAGGAAAGAGUUGAGGUUAUCAAAUGAGGAGCAUAGAGAACUUCUGGGUAGGGUUAAUGCAGACGAUCUCAUACGGAGGAUAAGGGAGUGGAGACAAGCAGGUGGGAUUCAAUCCAGCAUGCUCAAUGCUGCUCAAGCUGUUCGUGAUCCUGUGCCCAGUCCUACUGUCUCUGCAUCUCAUAAGAAACAGAAGAUAACCCAGUCAGUACCUUCACAAUCAUUUGCUGGGCCAUCUCCAUCAUAUCACCCACAAACAGUAGCUCCAUCUCAUCAGCCAUCUUCUUCAACUGCCAAGCGAGGAACUUUAACAGGCUCUAAGGGCAAGAAACAUAAACCAGGUUUGCCUGGUGCAUCUUCAAUGAAAUCCACACGGUACCCCUCCUCAGGACAAACCGGAAGGGGCCAGGCUGUUAAUAGAGUAUCUACUGGUGCUGCACUGAUGGGUGACCCUGCUGAAGGAGCAGCAUUUGAUGCAUUAAUUGGGAAGAGAGUGAGAACCAGAUGGCCAGAUGAUAAUAACUUCUAUGAAGCUGUUAUAACUGAUUAUAAUCCAGUUGAGGGACGACAUGCUCUGGUCUAUGAUAUUGGUACUGCAAAUGAGACAUGGGAAUGGGUUAAUCUCUCAGAGAUAUCUCCUGAGGACAUACAAUGGGAAGGUGACCCAGGAAUUCCUCACCGUGGAGGUUAUGGUGGAUCAGGGCAUGUAAUAAAUAGAUCUUCUGGUCGUGAUGUUGUGUCUGGCGUAGGAAGAGGUAGGGGUAUCACAAAAGGUCCAUCUAGAAAAGAUUUUUUUGCAUCACAGAAUGGCAUUGGAAAGAGAGCUCCAGAUGACAUUCAAAUUCUCCAUACAGAUACUUUAAUAAAGGAGGUGGAAAGGGUUUUUGGUGCAAAUCAUCCCGACCCACUUGAGAUUGAGAAAGCAAAGAGAGUGUUAAAGGAGCAUGAGGAGUCACUUAUUGAUGCAAUUGCAAGGCUGGCAGAUAUAUCUGAUGGUGAAAGUGAUGAGGGGGGCCACCCAUUCGGGCAACAAAUGGACCGACUGUGAUGAACAGAUUUUUUUAGCACGCUGAAUGGUUGAUCGAUGGUGGUAGAGACUAGAGAGACAUUCGUAAUUAUGAAAGCUAAUUACUUGUAUAAUGCCUUUUUACAGCAGCACUUAGCUCAACAGGGGGUUAACCUGUGGGUUUGUGGGAUAGGUAGGUAAGUGUAGUUAUCUAUUGUAGUUGGAUGAUACUAAUUCCUUCGUAAUUGGCAAAAACAGGGAACAGUAUGGGAUUGAUGGCUGGUGGUGCUCUCAGUCUCAUGCUCUGUAACAUUAUUUGUUUAGUGAUUGAAGCGUGAUCAUGUAUAAUUUGUUUAAUCUUUUGCUGACACAAUUUGCACCAAUUUUUCA